CCUUCCGAAGCAGCCCUGCAGCCACGUCCCACGGUCCCCCUCUAAAGCCAUCCUGGCUUCGAGAUCUUCAGGGAUCCAGACAUGUCUGAAGUGAAGAACCGAAAGAAGCCGGGGCCCAAAGUGGCUGCCCCUGAGCCCGAGAAGCGAAGUGAUAGCAGGAAAAACCCCGAGGCGCGAGGUGGCGCGGGCUGGGCGGACCCCCGCACCGGGCUCAGCCUGCUGUCUCUGGCGACGAGCCUGGGCCUGGCCUGGCUUGUAUUUCAACAAUCAGAAAAGUUUGCGAAGGUAGAAGAACAAUACCGGUUACUGCAAACAGAGAGCAGCGAGUUUCAAGGACUCCAGAGUAAAAUCAGUUCAAUUUCCAACAAGCUUGAGUCUACUGAAAAUACCCUCCAGGAAGCUACAUCGUCCAUGUCUUUGAUGACCCAGUUUGAACAGGAAGUAUCUGGCCUCCAAAGAUCCAUCCGUGACGUAGAGAAUACUGAAGAGAUGCUCACACAGAAGAUGCAAGACCUUACUGAGAAAUUCCAGAACAUUACAGAUUUCUGGAAGCGAACACUGGCAGAAAUGAGCGUUGAUACAGCCGUUUUCAAAUCAGAAGCGAAGAAUACACAUUCUGAAGUUACCCUGAAGAUUAACUCAGCUGAGCAGGAGAUAAAAGUGCUCACUGAACGUCUAAAAGAUUUGGAAGACAGCACGCUACGAAACAUCAGAACAGUGAGCAGGCAAGAAGAGGAAGAUCUUCUACGGGUAGAGGCACAGCUUAGUUCUGAUACAGAAGCAGUUGAGAAGCUAGAAAAAGACCAGCACACGCUCCUAGCCAGAGAUGAAGAUCUGACCAAUAAACUCUCCAGCUACGAACCCAAAGUAGAAGAGUGCAAGGCACACUUGCCAACUAUAGAAAAUGCUGUCCACUCUGUUCUCAGAGUCUCUCAGGAUCUGAUAGGAACAGAACGGAAGAUGGAAGAGCUGACUAUCCAGAUGUUCAACAUGGAAGACGACAUGCUGAGGGCAGUUUCUGAAAUCAUGGAGAUGCAGAAAACCCUUGAGGGGAUUCAGUAUGACAAUAGCUUAUUAAAGAUGCAAAAUGAACUGGUUGUUCUAAAAGGAAAAGUUCAUGAUUUCAUAGCAUAUUCAAGUGCACGAGAAAAGGGGACUUUGGGAGAAUAUAAUCUAGAAAAUAAGGGAACUGAUGAUUAUUAAAUUUACCGCAUGUCUUCUAAUGGGCUUUACUACUAAGCGGGAAUCAGUCAGGCCUACAUUUUUUAGUUGCUAUGUUCUGCCUCACUUAACCUGAGAACGAGACGAGGGUGCACAAGAUGGAGCAUGAAUCUACUCAAACUUUUAUCUUCUGAAGCUCUAAAACUUACUCUAACUAUUUUCAUAGAAAUACUUCUAAAAUAUAUAUUGUUCUACUUUUUAGGCAGUAUAUUUAAUAUUUACAUGUCUUUCCAAUAAUUAAUAGACAUCACUAUGAAUUGUAUUUUUGUAGCUAUCUAUUAUGGAGAUAGAGAGACAAACAGAUAAUCUAUAGCGAACAUUAAAACCU